UGCAAUGUAGCGCAAAACAAGCUACAAGAUCUACCAUCCUCCUUUCUGUCAUAAGUCGAGCAUCAACAGCGAUAAAUAACUCUUGUUUGCUCAACUGUAAAAAGUCCCGACCCAUCGUACUGAACUGUUCAUGGCAGCACUAGAAGGUCUGAGAGAAGGAGAAGGAAGAGGAGGAGAGCUAGUUUUUGGUCCCCCAGUCAUUAAUGAAGCAGAGGAAGACUCUCCUGCAGUUUUACUGAGUGUUUUGGCCCAGCAUGGACAGGUGGGCCUCUGCUUCUAUGACACUGACGACUCCUCUUUACACUAUAUGAUAGACACUCCCGACAACCACGAGCUUCAACUGCUGGCCAGAGUUAUUCAGGAGGUUAGUCCCCAUGUAAUCAUUACCAGUGCAAAGCAGGAGCGCUGCAUGACCCGCUUCCUGCAACAACUGGGUUCAAACCCAGACUACAAACCAGAGGUGGUUACUUAUCCAUACGUUGACUUUGGUCUGGAGGUCGGUAAGCAAAGGCUGCUCUCUGCCCAUCUACCUUUCCUUCCUGCCUCCAUUUCAGAGAGAGACAGAAUGUCCUACCUCUCCUCCUGUAUCUCCUUUGACUCUCCCUAAUGGUGACUGAGGACAGUGGGCGCUCUGUUAAAAUGUCUGGACAGGAGGAGAGUGGGAGUGGAGCUGGAAGACAGCAGUGUUGGAGUUCCUAUCUUACAGUUCACCGCCUACACGCUGAAAGGUGUGGUGUGUAUUGACCAAGACACGUACAGUGUACUGCAGAUCUUCAAAUCAGAACUUCACCCAUCAGUGUAUAAGCUGAAUUCAGGCAAAAAAGAAGGACUCAGUCUUUAUGGUAUACUAAACCGCUGCAAGUGUAAGUUUGGCUCCAAAUUGCUCCGCCAGUGGUUUCUGCGGCCGACACAGGACCUGGCCAUGUUACACAGGAGACAGGAAGUGAUACGUUUCUUCACAUCACCUCGGAACUCAGACAUUCUGAGCACCCUGCAGUCCUCGCUACGCAACAUCAGAAACAUACCAACUCUUCUUCACAGGAUGUCUCUCUCUCACACCAAAGUGACUGACUGGCAGAGUCUCUACAAGACGGUGUACAGUGCAGUGUAUAUUAGAGACACGGUGCGACACCUGCCUCAAUCCAUUCAGCUCUUUCAUGAUAUCAGUGAAGGGUUCUCUGAUGACCUCCACUAUAUCUCCUCCGUCAUCAGCCGAGUUGUGGAUUUUGAAACCAGCAUAGCCGAGAACCGCUUCACUAUCAAACCUAACGUGGACUCUGCAAUAGAUGAGAAGAAGAGGAUGAUGAUGGGCUUGUCUGACUUCCUCACAGAUGUUGCCAAAAGAGAGCUGGAACAUCUGGAUGCUCGCAUCCCCUCCUGCUGUGUCAUCUACAUCCCUCUGAUUGGAUUCCUGCUCUCUGUCCCUCGCCUGCCCAGUAUGUUGGAGAAAGAUGAUUUUGAGAUAGAGGGGCUUGAUUUUAUGUUUCUGUCAGAGGACCGUCUGCACUACCGCAGCCAUAGAACCAAGGAGCUAGAUGACCUCCUAGGAGACUUGCACUGUGACAUUAGAGACAUGGAGACAGCAGUAAUGACACAACUGCAGAACACAAUCCUUGAGAGGAGCAGCUCCCUUUACAAGGUCCUGGAUAUCACUGCUGAGCUUGACUGUCUGAUGGCUAUGAGCAGCGCCUCCCAGGAGUACGGCUAUAUCUCACCCAAGCUUGCCAGCCACAGGAAGAUAACAGUCACUCAGGGCAGACACCCACUGUUGGAGCUGUGCUCUCCUGUGUUUGUGGCCAACUCCUUCCAGAGCUCAGAGUCGCAGGGCAGAGUCAAGAUCAUCACUGGACCCAACUCAUCUGGCAAGAGCAUCUACCUCAAACAGGUGGGUCUGAUUGUGUUCAUGGCUCUGAUUGGUUCAGACGUGCCGGCGAAGGAGGCAGAGAUCGGUCUGGUGGAUGGGAUCUUCACCCGUAUGCAGAGCAGAGAGUCUGUGUCUGUGGGCCUCAGCACCUUCAUGAUUGACCUCAACCAGAUGGCCCACGCUCUCAACAGCAGUACUGGCAACUCAUUAAUUCUCAUAGAUGAAUUUGGAAAAGGCACUAACACAGUGGAUGGACUCUCCUUGCUGGGGGCGUCAAUCUGUCAUUGGCUGAGAAAAGGUCCAGUGGAUGUUCCUCACGUCCUGUUGGCUACCAACUUCCACAGUUUGCUGCAGCUGGGCCUACUACCCUCGUCUGUUCUACUGUCACUUCUGACUCUGGAGACAGCAGUGGAUGGGGAUGAGUUGGUGUUUCUGUACCAACUGAAGGAAGGGAUCUGCCAGUCCAGCUAUGCUGCCAACAUCGCUACACUGGCAGGCCUGCCAAUUAGCCUUGUACAGAGGGCAGUGGAGGUUUCUGAACUAUACAGGACAGGAAGACCCAUCAAACACAUUGACAAAGCAUCAUCAGAUGAGCAGGCAAACAGGUGCAGGUCUGUGGUGGAGAAGUUUCUGAACCUCAACCUGGAGGAUAAAGAUUUGGAUCUGCAGCACUUCAUGAAAGAGGAGCUCCUGCCCUCUGCUGGAGAGUAUCUGAACUGCAGCUGAACUGUUCUGCUGCUUCU